AUGGAUGAAGAUGGUCAUGUUGCUAAUGAUGACUGUGGUGGCGCUGAUGGUGACGGUGACGACGACGACGACGAUGAUGAUGAUGAUGAUGAUGAUGAUGAUGAGGAGGAGGAGGAGGAGGAGGAGGAGGAGGAGGAGGGGAUCGAUGCUGACGGUAAUGAUUCUGACGGCCACGACGGCGAAAGGACACUAAAGUGGUAUAAUAGGGAAGAGAAGUGCAGGAGAACGGUAGAUGAAUAGAGGGGGACGAACGUUACCCGAAGGGCUGAUAGUGUGACUUACUAAGCAUCGUACGCCGCAGCCAUAACUGGAAAGGGACUGAACGAACACUUUCCAUCUUCAUCUCGACUGUGCAGCCAGACUGGACGUUGCAAAGGAUUAAAUAACACGCGCUCUCGAUCACCUUGCACUUCCCAUGCGUCCCAACGGAAAAAACUUUUAAUGAACGGACUGCAUGCUCAACCAGACACUAGGCUGGAUGUUGGACGAAAGAGACGACCGGAAAAUAAACGCGAAGGGGAAAGAACACAGCUCAUAAGUCUCCGUUUCGUUGCCCAUUGUCAAGUUUAAUUCCAUCAGCGUAAGUAAGCGACUCGCCAGUUUUAACGACGUCGCCCACGCACAAUUUCUGUGGAUUUAGGGGAGAAAGGAGACCUUCUAAAAUGGAUCGGACGCAACGUAAAACAAGUUAAGCAUUGGUAUUUGAGGUGUGGUGGUGGUGAGCAAAGAGGACUUUGGUGCAGCUUAACUGCGAAUAAUGACUUUGGAGUCUAAAGUGUUAUGCACGAUGACAGACCAGUUUGAGUGGCGGACUUUAGAGAGUGCCAGCGGGAUGCCAGGGUGAUUACAGCGACAAUGCAGCAAAGCGGCAGAAUUCAAGCGGAAGAAGUCUUGACUAACUGAAGUAAACGAGAAGUAGGCUCCCAGAGACACAAGAAACAGAUAAAUUCGAUUCCUAAAGAAGACCGGUUUUUGUCGUAGGGAUAAACGGUGUGAUAAUUGCAAUGUUCUCCUUAAGCGUCCAAAAAUUUUAUGUACUUUUUUUAAAAUUUUCCCCCUGUCUGCACUAUUGAUGCACAUAUUAGCCAAAUUAGGUCACCUGGUGCUUUAAAAAAUCCCACAAAAAAUAUUUUACUUUUACCCUAGAAAUAUAUAGGUUACUCGUAACAUCCUGGGUAAAUUCCAAAAUCAUGGGAAAUCAACUUCUAUAUCGCCGGGGGUAGUGAAACGCAGGCCUAACUAUCGUAUCAACCAUUCAAAUUGACCAGAAAUACUGACAAAUAGCUGACAUCAUGUCAGUUUCCAGAAAACUCUUCCCAAUUAUUGCGUCGAUUCCAUUCGCGAGAACCCUCAUCGACUCAUUUGUAAAAAUUUCUUGUAAUCAGACUUACGUAUAAAUAGGAAUAGGCUCACACCUAUCAAUUGGCCUCCGAAGCAGACGAACUCCAUAUGGCAAAGGUCACGAGCAGACAGCCAACUACCAGUCGACUAAGUGAUUAUAUCAGAGGGGAGAGACGACAGAGCAUGCGGGUAUGGUCAGUUAUUUUCACUGAAAAUGAUUGACAAAUGUGAGUUUGAAGGAGAUAGUUUCUUCUGUGAGUGGUAGUAUUUUAGUCUUACAAUUACAGUAAUUGAAAAAUCCAGUAAUCAUAUUCUUCUUUCAAAACGCUUCUUAUUCUACACGCAUAUUAACUUCGCGAAUAACUUGAUGCUCAAGAUAUCUGUUAAAAAUACCCAUUUCUCUUAGUGGUGCUAUUAGGAGGCAUCCUAACACUUGUUAACUAUUAAAAUUUGCCUGAAACGAUUGGCAUGCCUCAAAGACGGCCAUUUGACUGUGCGUGGACGUACAUGACCUCUUACUAAGGUUCUGAAUUGCCGGUUCUUUACUAACAUAUUCGAUCCUUUCAAAGACUUGAUUGUCCAGGCGAGGGUUACAGGAAAGGCCGUAGCGUCCGCGGUUUGAGAGCGUACUUCGAGCGCUACAAUUAUUAGGCCAAAGGUAUUACCUAUUAACCUUAAGUAUACUGAAUUAAAUCCCCAGUUGUAGGAAAAUACGGGGCAUCAGAAUGAAGAUUUUUUGUAUACGGAACCUUCAGGCGGCAGUCGCCGCCGGUAGAGCCAGAGCUAAUGUUGACUGUGUCCACUCAUGCCUGGAAGUUAGUAAAGCAGCGGUCGUAGCUGCUUUUGUAGGUUUGAGGAGCGAGCUCGAGUCGUGUUCAAUUGAUGGUUGUUGCAUUCUCUUAAGGGUGGUGUUCAAGUGACUUGUGUUGCAUAUGUGGGGGGGGGGGGGUGUGUUCAAAUGGCGCAAGUAGAGCUACGACUCUGUAAACGUACCUGUGUCUGAGUUGAAGUCAGCCAAGUGGCUGCAGGUUAGUGCGUCUGGAACCGCUCGCUUGCCACCCCUUGGCGCAGCGGGGCUCUGAACAAGGACGUCAGACAUGGCCAUGGUGGUUGUCGGCAACAAGGCUAUUCAGGCCAACUCUUUAUGAUAACAGUAAAUACCUAUACCCAGUCUUUGAGAAACAACAAGAAAUUCCUGACACAAAUGGCACGAUCUCGCUAGCGAGGAGCUCGGCCCCGGCAAAAAGCAGUAUGUCACAGGGUCCAAAGUAACUUUAUAUCGGAUCAACCACUGUGCCUAUCGUGCUGCCAGUAAUGCAAACUUGAUCUUGCUAACGAGUCCUGAGCGGACUGGGAAAGACUGGAGCCUGUGCAAGCAAUUUUCACCAAAAUCAUUCCACUCAUCUCAAACAUAACAAUUGAUGACUUGUGCGAUGACAGACUAAGGGUCUCCCCUCGGAUAGCGGUAUCCAGUUCGGGUCGUUUCCUCACCGGAAGUUGGAAAGCCGUGGUGAACUUCAGAAGCUCUGACUGUCUACACAGCCCUAGGUAGGGGAGUGUUGCUUACGCCCUCGGUAGUAAGAGGACUAUAAGGGGUGCCCAAACGCUGCUUGCUAAUCACCCUCCAGACGCCUAACUGUGGCUGUCAGGGCGCCUUCCAUGAAGCAAUGCAAUAAAUGUCUGCCCGAAUGCUCCAUUACACCAGAGUUACCCCGCUCACGCUGGCUGUCUGUAGUAUCUCCUCCUAUUCAGGAAGCCCAGCAACCAGCCGAUCAAAAAGACCGAUAGCCCACUCGAUAUAAGGUGAACAUCGUCGCUCUCCGAGAAACCUGCAUCUGAGAACAAGGACAGUAAACAUACAUUUCUUCGUAGUGACCACCGGCAUUAAGAAAAAUGGUAUGACGUCAGAGCGGCUUAGAAUACCUGAAAGAUCUCAUGAAGAUUCUACAUCUCCGAAAGUAAUCAAGGCGCGACUAAUUGCACAAAUAUGGGCACUUUUCAGAAGACAUUUCGUGGAAGUUGUCAGAGCUUCUGCCUCCACUAUCACCGAACGGGACACCUUAAAAGGCAACUUGUAUCAGUACCCUCACUUAUUCACUAUUCAUGCAUCGAAAAUCAACAAAAUCAUCAUGCCCUGGAACGUAAAUGUGCGAAUUUACGCAGACUAAUCCUCUGAGAGGGAACGAUCGGUCCUUACGGCAUCAGAAAUAAUAACAGCAUCGGAAAUCUUUCGCCGAAGAUCAGGAUGGAGUAUAAUCUGUUUAGGAUGAGUACAGACUUCGUUUUCCAGAUUGACAUUUUUCCUGCACCCAUACUGCGUGACUGCCAAGUACUAAACCGCACGAGCAUAAUAAGUAGAGGAUGGUAGGGUAUGUUGAUGACAAGACGAUAUUCUCGGCCGAAUGUCAAACUGGUCAUUGCCUAUUAUUAGCAGUCUUGCCAAAAAUCAAAGUGACGAGGCCUCUUGGGGUUGGUGCGACCGUGACUUGCACGUGAAUUUGUUCAUACUUCCAACUUUCAAAAAAUCUGCAUCUUCCCCUCUUCCCAUACCCACUGGCUCCUGAUAAUAAAACAAAUCUGGACGAUCGAUUCUGGGCGUAAACGCAGCCGCUGACAGAACCUAACUCUCCGUCUAUGCGUGCCACACACAACCUGGUCCCAAAGUCCACGAGUUUUGGACUCCCUCCGACGGUUCUCAGGGCACACGUAAGUGACAGUACAAUGAAGACCACAGCAAGAGGGAAAGGUCGCGGCUUUGAUCCUCAGUCAUGGUGGAGUCACGCAUGCAGUCUCAAUGCUGCUUGACAAACACAUGUCAUUAGAAUGAUGCGUCUCUCUUUUUGGCUUAGCUUAAUUGCAUCUUUACCUGCAUGGGGACAUAUAUCAGCGAGGUUUGGUUCUGCAGCCCCACUUGCUUAAUACCCCAUGGCUAGCCAACAAAAACAAUUUUAGUAGGUGCGAUUACUCUGACUUUUCAUAUAUCACGUGUUUGCGCAUUCCUUAAUACCUUAGUCCUGCGAGUGAUUGAACCUCGGGUGGAGGCCUUGGAACCAUCAGGUAUCAGCUCGCUCGUGCUUCCCUGUGCGUGCCUCGAGCCCUGCUUACGCUCUCCUUAUUGCCUCGAUCAACCGACUAGUUAAGUAGGCUCGCUAAUGUCAUUGUUCGGGCGGUGUGGAACUCCGUCGAUUCCACUACAGUGGCCAAGCACUACGAAUUAACGCGCGGUUGCCCCUGCGGCCUUCCAAUUCCGAUUGCGCCCUCCUUAUCCCCUUAAUCCAGGAUUUCCUCAUGCAUAUGGUUCCACCCUUUUGGGGUUUAGAAGCCCACAAAGAGGUUUCGUAUUAAACAGGUCGGAAUAUCCGCAAGUCGCAUCGAUAAGGCCUGUGCGGCCAAAGAACCAGAAACGUCCUGACCAGAGGGCACUCGGAUUGCUUAAUAGGACCAGUCGAAAUUGAGAUUGACCCCGCUCUUUUAGCGGUUUCUUUUGCUCAAGUUUCGUCCGAAUUAGCGGGUAGACGGAGACUAUAUUGUUAGCCGCAAUCUGGGAACACAGUUCAUGAAACGCCUAUUAAGUUCUAGCUGAACGUUGGAGCCUCUACUCACUUUCUGUAAGCUCUCAGCUCAGCUCUUAUCAUAUAUCUAAUCGUCUGCGCUAAAACAGUGACCUCUCGGGUAUUGCCCUCCACGUUAUACUCUUUUCUUAAAAUUUUCCCUGUUUUCAAAAGGUCACACGGCUUGGAUGAUAACUGAAUUUUAUGAGUGUCUUUAAAUCCAGACCUAGUCACAAUGAACAAUUAUGAAAGAAAUGGUCAUAUUUUCGUCUAACUUCCGCCAUCUACUUCCUCUCCUUCCGUCCAACCCCACCCUUUUGGGAAUAACUGAAGCCUGUCGGGCGUAGCUGCGUUCCUGGGUGCGGAUUGUGAAGCUAUUGUCCUCGCGUUCCCAAGUGCACCACUUCCUUGAUAGCUUAAUGCGAUUACCACCUCCGUCCGCCUCCACUACCCCGCCAACUUGUGUCGGUCAGGGGAGAGACAGCAAAGCGCUGAUAAGAAGAGGACGGAAGUGUAUACGCGCCUUGCCUACACGAGUGUGUUCCUCUCCACCCUGACCCCCACUGCCACGGCAGCAGCAAGCACACUUAAAUCUGUAUUCACAGGGGGCCGGGUGUUUCCGGCUGGCUAGCAAACUGGUUGGCUAAACGGUGUCUAGUGGCCGACUAAACGACAUUGCCUGCGCAAUGUACACCCAGGUUGCACGUGCGCACUCUCUCUGCGCGUGCACACUAAGCUGUCUCCGCUCGCUGAAUGUGUCCACACACGGCAGUGGUCCUCUCCCAACUCCACUCCCCCCCCCCCCCUACAUUACACACAAGCGUGCGUUUUUCUCACUAUAUGUGGUCGCCGAAGCGCUGUUGCUUUGGGCGGAGGGAAAAACAAAACAAUACUAUUUGUCUGGGGAAACCACCAAGUGUCUACAAACAAGAGGUUGUUAUAACUACGCCUGUCGGAACCGACUUAAACGACAACUUGAUGCGCUGGAUGAAGGGGGCGGGAAGCCCUGAAAAUGUGAGAAGUUGGUUAUCAUUGUGGUGGGUGGGGACUAUUACGCAGGACAACUAAUUUUACAGCGACGGUAACUCCUAAUUAAAAUUUAAAACGAACAGCCUUCAGCCCUUACAGGCCUCACUCAGGUCGUUUGUCGCACAUUCAAAGACCUCUGUGUGUAGGAAGAUAAGAGAAGGGUGGGGGGAAUUUAAGUAGCUGCAGCAAGAGUCACAUGAUACCUGCUUCCCCUCGGCGAAGCGGAUUGUAAAUAUUUGGAGAUUUGUCAACCCGGUGAAUAGCUGCCUCGUAUCUCGUCUUUGCAGAUAUUAUGCUACUAGGGAGCUUGUUCUCCAUAUGACGGUUCGACUAUCCUUAUCGAUUAUGUCUAAUCUUUGUCCCACAGCUAGAAGGGCACAAGCACGCGGACUCGAAUCCGAAUUAGUCUAUAGUGAGGGCAGACUUGCACCGCACACACCGCACUCUCUCCUCCCUCACCCAUCUGAGCCCGGUGUCAAGACAGAGAAAAGGAGACCGGGGGCAGGAUCGGGCGCAGUGGCUGACAAGACAAAACGACCCGUCUACGCGUGUCACACAUGUUUGGUUCGCACAGGAUGGAUCAGGUUUUCACGGAAAAAGUAGAUGGACGGCUAAGAUCACAUCAGAGUGCGACUGCUAUAGAGGUCACAUUCAGCGGGAGCUAAUGCAGCCCAACUCUCCGUCCUGGGGGAAAGGACCGACUUAUCUCGUCAGUUGUCAGUCUUCCAAUCCACCGCUUUUAACGCACGGUGAUAGUUUGAAAGCGCGUUAGUGAGCUUGUAGUGAGAAAGAUGCGGUCAGCACGAGAGCCACAUGGGAUUCUGACGUGCGUUAUCGGGAAUGCGCAUCAUAACAAAUGCCAGCAUUCGGCUUGCGGUGGCGGGUCCAGUUGCCGGCUGAGGUCGUGCCAACUGAGAUUCCUGUCGCCCCUUAUUGUUGUUGGUUAAAAUCCUGGUCAAGUGUUUUUUGGGCACCAGAGGGCGUGGUGGCACGCCUAGGUGCGUGUCCGGCCGUGCCAGCUACCUGCGCCCUUUCUCACCUCCGGUCUUCUUGAAUAUGCCUUGAGACCGGACUCAGGCGGAGAGAAAAAGAGUGUGGUAGAUGCUGUGCAUGUCUACUGCCACUUUGAACUGAUUCACGCACAAGUAACCGUGCCUGUUCUCACUUCGCUUUGGAGCACACGGUGGACAUAGUCGGUAACGACGGUCGAACUGUCGGGUUUGGCACGUCGAUAUUGCAGUGAAUUCCGCUCUCGCGGUUGUCCAUGCGGUGAGUGAAUGUUCGGACAUACUCACAUAUAGAACCACCGCUGUUGACCGGCCAUAAGGUCUCAGCGGUGUCGCGCCUAUCAAUACCGCCUUCUCACAUUUGACGACGGAUUCCUGUAAGGAGUCUGAAAGUACAAAUAGGUAAAAGUAUGGUCCUAAACCUCUGCAACCCUCUCCUUCACACUAGCAAGUACCUAAGGCUCAAAUAUUCACCUCUGCAGUGUGUAGGGAUCUAAUUAAUGCGGUUUUGUUAUAGAUGUUUUAACAGAUACUGCUUUCGGGUAACUAAAAGUGGCAACGCAUGCAUUAUAGAGUAUUCGGACAAGUUUGUCAUACUUGGUUUAGGACACUUCGUUGAAGCUUUAACAUUAAUGUUUUAACUGUAGAGAAGGUGGGAAAUAUUGUCCCAAAAAGAAUUUUCAAGAAGCAUUUAUUGUAUAUAUUAAUUUGAAAGAAUUAUUGCCGAAAGUUAUCGUUUGCCUGAGGAAGCUUGUGGUGAAAACGCUCUCUCUGAAACAACAUUCAAGAAGUGGUUUGAAUGCUUUAAAAACGGUGAUUUUGUCUUAUAAGUUAAAGAACGUUGAGGGAGACAGGAAAAAUUGAAAAUGAAGAAUUGGAAACUUUAAUCGAUCACGAUCCAUGUCUAACUCUCAAGAAAUGUCAGAAGUGGAGAGAGCUGGUGGAGCUACGGAUAGUAAAUGUUUAAAAGCUUUGGGAACGGUAGAAAAACAAGGAAUUUGGGCGCCGCAUGAAUUAGUUUAUGAUGAUAAUAGACUUGGGAAGCAUUUACCACACUCUUUCCGCCUCUUCCGUGUUGUUCUGACGUCAAGAUAGAAACAAGAAGACCGGAGGCGGGAUCGGGCACAGAUGGCCGGCGCGGCAUGAGCCGUCACCUAGGCGUGCCACCACGCCCUUUGGUCUACGAAUAAAGAACCAGGAUUUCACACAACAAAAGAAAGGGGACAGCUCCGGUCCUAACAUGGUGGGAGUGUUAUAAAGGCUACAUUAAGAGGGAGUCAUUGCGGCCUGACUCACCGUCCUGAGGGGAGGACUGAUUUAUCUUGUCAGUUGGCAGCAUUCCAAGCCACGACUUUUAGCAAACCGUGACAGUUUCAAGUGCGUCACAUUGCUUGUAAUGAGCAGUAUGCGCUAAGAUAGUCAACUUCACUCUCUCAUCCCUUCCCCAUGCACCAAUCGGCUGUCUAAUCCGGCCAACCAACUGAUGCUGGGAUUGGGCGCAGUAGCUGAUAGAGCUAAAAACAGUCAGUCUGCGCGUGCCCCGCACAACAGAUCAAGAUUUCACAUAUAGGGUGUAGACUGCUCGAAUCUGACAUGUGCUAGAGUGCCAUAAAGGCCACGAGGAGAAGGAACCAAAGAGCAUGGUUUCCACUCGCGUGAGAGAUGCCGAUUCCGAGUCUGUGGUGGACGAUGAGGUGGGAGUUCUUGUGUGAUGCAUGGGCUGGUAAGGAGAUAUGCGGUGGUGGGGUCUGGCCGGCUGUGUUUCACUGCUGGUUUUCGUGGAUGCACGUGUAGCCAAGCAGACCUAUGCGGAGACUGAAUGUGCGUGGGCAGUGUGACCAGCUGAGGCAGGUGCGGUGGGUGAAUGUUGGUGCUCCAGGCACAGGUGCGUUAGUCUCUGAGAGACGGAUUCGAUAGAAACCGAACCAGCCGAUGCGUGAUGUCCACUUGCGGUGGUAGUGUGAAGAGGAUAGGUCGGAAGCUGCUGUCUAGGUUGCGGUGGUGAUGCUGCUAGUGGUGGCCGUUUUGGUGAAUGUGGAGUUGGUAAGGCUGAGGAUGAAAUAAUUAUCAGGCGUGCACGGUGUGCUUGACGGGCCGAUGUUGUGAGGAAUUCCGCUCUCGUAUAUGCACAUGUGGCCAAAUAGGCCCGUGUGAUGAAUAAAUGUGUGUGGACAGUGAUGGCGGACGCGGAAAGUUAUGUUAGGCCCCUCGUACUUGUGCGCGGGGUCGGAUUGCAAUGGGCUUGCAGGUGAUCGACCAACACGAUACGUGAGGUGAAUGUGCGAUCGUAAUAAGGACAGGAUGCGAUAGAAUCCACAUCGCUGGUAGUGGGGGCGGUGGUUAUGAUGGUAGUGGCUGACGAGGCGUCUAGAGUGUUGUUACUGGUGGCGGAUGUUGAAUAAGUGGUAGUCGUCGUCACUGGGAUUGUGGCAAGGACAAUAGGGAUGGUGGAGGCCAACAACACCGGGUGAGGCGUCGGAACACUAGGAGUGUGAUCGUCGGUGACGAUGGUGGUGCUUGCUGCCAUGGAUGCGGUGGGAGAUGGUGUGGAGCUGACGAUAGGGACGUUUUCAGUGUCAGCAGGUGGAAUUGUCGGGCUGUUGUUGCAGUGAGUCCGGAGAUGCCCGACAAGACUGAUCCGCGCGCGGAGGGUUUAGUGGCAGCGCGAACAUAUUGGAAAGGGCUAGGUGUUGGCUCUGUGGAUUGGAGGCGCUUGCUACUUGCAAACUGCCCCUUUAGCUUUGUCGGCGAUUAUCCAGUUGGUUUCAUAGAUUGUAGUUUCAGUCUUCACUGCUCUUCUUCAGGCCGAUCGGUCUUGGACGAGGUCUUUCCAGGCCUCCAGGUUGAUUUGUAGUUUCAUGAGAGAGACUUUCAAGGUGCUUUUGUAGGGGCGCGUACCCUUUGCGACAUCGCCGUAGAAGAGUCUCCGUCGUCCACUUUCACGAAAUGGCUGCUCCAUCGCAGUUUUAGUUGCCUCAGCAUGGCGUGGACUCUGAGGAUUGCGGUCUAUUCAAAGACUUCCGUAUCCGGGAUCCUUUCCAUCCACCUAAGUUUUAGUAUGCUCCAAAGACUGCUGAGGUAGAAGUGAGUGAGUGUCCUGGCUUGAUUGACGUAAACGAUACAUGUCUCCGUUCCGUAUAGUAGCGUCGUCAGAACGACCGUCCCGUACAUUCUGAGCCUCGUGUUGAGUCGAAGUCCGUGACGGUCCCAGGUGAGACCUGCAGCCGGCUGAGAGCCUGGCUGACUUUGAAAACCCGGUGGACCACUCCGUCUUUUAUCCUGUUGUUUGGGAUGGUGCUGUCUAGGUUGGCGAACUUGUUUACGAAUGCCAGUCAUGUUCCAUUCACCUUGCUAAUGGGCGUGGUAUGUUCCUCUUCUGGUGCUGAUUGGUGCACGAUCGCCGUUCCGUCUAUGUUGACGGCCAGCCCGAACUUGAUGCAGCCAGAGGCGAAUGGGUUCAUGAUCCGCCGCAUGUCCGCUUCGGCGUGACAGUGAGCGCAUAAUCGUCCGCGAAAAGCAGAUCGUGGACAGUAGCCGUGGAGAGACACGUUGGGCACUGCACGUGCCGGCUAUUGAGAAGAUAACCGUCGGUGUUGUAGACAACUCGGAUUCCAAGACGCCCGUCAGGGUAGACGUCUAUCAUUAUGACAAAGUUCAUGAGACUAAAGAGACUGGGAGAGAGUACGUAGCCCUAGUUCAUUCUAUUGGUCACUGCGCAUGUUUCUGAGACGGUCCCAUUGUCAAUGACGCGAACCAUCAUUCCGUUAUAGAGCUGACGGCCCAUUGUGUGAAUCGUUCAGGACAGCCAAAUUUCUACAUAAUUUUCCAGGGCCCGUCGCGGUUCAUCGUGUCAAAGGCUUUCAUUAGGUCCACGAAUACAGUGUAAAGGUGGGUCCGCAUUUCUUGGCAUUUCUCUUGCAGCUGACGGACGGUGAAGAUCAUGUUGGUGGUUUCGUGGAGUCGUCGUAAGCCACACUAGCUUUCUGGAAAAAUCCCUGUUCUAGACGGCCGUUUGGACGGUUGAGGAGGAUGCAAACGAAGAUUUUUCCAAUGAUUUCGGGCAGCGAAAUUCCUCUGUAGUCGUUACAGAGUUGCCGGUUCCCUUUUCGUCCACAGAGAUGGACGACUGUGACAUCCUUGAAAUCCUGAGGAAGUUAUCCUCGGCGCCACAUCUAAUCGAAUAGCGUUUGAAGUUGGUCCAUCAGUCGGGGGACACCGUGAUUGUAAACUUCGACGGGGAUCGCGUAGGAUCCCGGUGCCUUCCCGCUGGAGAGUUGUUGCACAGCUUUAAUUGUUUGUGGGAGGGAGGGCUGGAGGUCUAGGUCGUUGUUCAUUUCCACUUGGGUGGGGCGGCCGAUGGCGUCGUCAGAAAUCGUGAAUGGUAGAUUUAGGACAGUUCUAAAGUGCUCAGCCUAGUGCUUUAGAAUUUGAGAUUUCUCCGCGAAAAGUGUUGCUACGUCGGAGUUGAGCGGCGAGAUAGUUCCUAUGACUGUGCGGUAAAGAAGUUUUUCUUUUCAUUGUCGUCCGCGUACCCAUGCAUUUCCUCGGCCUGGCGUUCCAUUCAGGCGUCCUGCAUCUCCCACAGCCAUUGCUGCACCAAGCAGCGAUAUCUGAAGAUGGCGGUUUUGAUUGCAUCGGCUCGGCGGUCGAUGUAGACUCUGUGCAGUCUGCCUUGUUUAAGUUUCGAGGAAACUAAUGCGCGAACUUGGAGUAAGUUCUUCGAAAGAGACAUUUUCAAGCUCGGUCCGAAAGUUCUGUUUCGGAGAAGUUACUCCAAGGUCGCCCAUUAAUUUCUGCGGAAAUUAAACAAGGCAGGAUGAAACUGGAGUUUAUACACCAGAAAACACACAGGGAACACUGAUUGGAUCCACUAAUUAGCGGCGACACUCGCAGCUGCGUCAGGCAGCGGCACAAAACCAGCGAAAUACGCGUGUCUGAGCUUUUAGCUAGUACCUGUGCUGUCAAUAUGGCAAGUAAAUGCCUAUUUGUGUAGUCUGUACUUUCGGCAAGUAAAUGGCUGGUAUCUGUGUCGUUGUCGUCAAACCAAAUCUGGUCUUGACAGCGUGGGUGACCGAGGACAUCCAGGGCGAUAAAGUGGAUGGAUGAGGUCCCGUGAUUGCGGCUACGGUGUCUCUAAAACGGCGAUUUCGUCUGGAACCUGCAGAUCUUUCAGUCACUCAGCCAAAUGAUUGCUGAAAUAGAAGUAAUGAGCAGGCAAAUUCAACAGAGAAGUAAUUAGCUUACCUGAUGGUCGCUUACCUUGUGGUCUCCUGCGAGGUUGCAGGCAAAACUUCAUCUUGGGGAUGGCGAGGUGGUGAUCCGUCCAGAUGUUGGCGUCGCAGAUUACUUUGGUCGUCGGCAAGUCCUGUCGGUCUCGCCUCCAAACGAGGACGUAGUCCAGCAGCUGCCAGCGCCGCGAUCGGAAGUGCAUCAACGCUGCCUUCACCAACGUCAGCAGGCAGGUUCAGGUGACGGGCAAGCGGUAUUCUGCGCAGGUUUACAAAAGGAGGAGGCCGCUAUCGUUGCAGCCACUGAGACCAUGGAGAACCAGCAUUCCCUCCCAGGCGGUGUGGUCUGCUCCGACGCGGCCAUUAAGGUCAGCAAGGACAACUAG